CAGAAAAAUUCCUCAAUGAUAGUUAUACAGAUACAACUUGAAUAUUUCACCCUGCGGAUUGAAAAAUAUGAAUGGGAUUUCCGUUUCCUUUCUAAAAUGGCCAAAUCAGCAAACGUGGAAUAUAGUAAACUUCAAGAUGAAGUAGAGGACGAAAUUCCUUCGUACCAAGAAUCUGAUCCAAACUUACAUGGAGAAAUAGCUUCACCUAUUUCUUCUCAAGGAAUAGAAAAUGAAUUCAAUACUUUAGAUGAACCUGUAAAAGAUACCAUUAUGAGAGACCUACGUGCGGUGGGUACAAAGUUCUUCCAUGUCUUAUAUCCAAAGCAGAAGGCAGCCUUGUUGAAAGACUGGGAUUUGUGGGGACCGCUGAUUCUCUGUGUGUUUCUUGCAAUGAUGUUACAAGGAACCACGGAGGAAGCUGAUAGUUUAAGUAAGGGUGGACCCCAGUUUGCAGAAGUGUUUGUUAUUGUUUGGCUUGGUGCUGUUGUUGUGACAUUGAACUCCAAACUUCUUGGUGGUAAAAUUUCCUUCUUCCAGAGUGUCUGCGUAUUGGGUUACUGCCUGCUUGCUCCUUGUCUAUCACUAAUAAUUUGUCAGUUGAUACUGUUAGCUCCUCAGCAGACCGUGGCCUUGUUCAUUAUACGUUUUAUUGUUACGAUGUUUGGAUUUGCUUGGGCUACAUUUGCUUCUACUGCUUUUCUUGGAGACAGCCAACCACCGAAGAGGAAAGCUCUUGCAGUUUAUCCAAUAUUUCUGUUUUAUUUUGUGAUAAGUUGGUUAAUAAUUUCACAUUCCCCAUGAUUAAUUAAAAUCAUGAGAUCUCUAAUGAAGAAGAUUACUAAAGCCAUGAAAUUGAGAAAUUUUGGUGUAUAUUUAUGCACAAGACUAUCGUGAGGUUGAGACACUAUAAACGUAUUGAGAAACGUUAGUCAAAAGCUACAAAUAAAACUUUUAGCACCAUUUAGUGGUUUGGUUUUUACAUUCUGUGAGCAAAGAUAAUGAUUUUUUUUUGUCAUGGAGAGGGUUUUUUUAAUUGUAGCCACUCAUGUUCUUUCAUUUAGUCAUCACCCAUUAUGGAAUUUGUUAGUUUGUGAGGAAUGGUUUUGAUUAAUUUAUUGUUUUAUUUUGUUGUUCAUGAUUAUUAUUCUAUGCUGACUGACUUAUGUGGCAAACCAGUUAAAACAAUAUGUUCUACAGUAUGUGUUCAAGCAUUAAUCUGUAAGAAGUUUCAUUACACACUAGUUGAAACUCAUUUAUUUAAAACCACUGUGUUGAACAGAAACAACUAAAUAACAAAGUACAGAAUGAUUUAUUUCUAGUUAUCCACCUAGCUCAAGAUAAAAGUGACAAAAUUAUAAUGUGAAGUGGACAAAUUACCAAGAUAGUUCUAACCCUUUACUAUCUAAGCUUGAAACAAAAAAUAGUGUGUUAAAUUAGACCGAAUCUCCUUUUUCUGUUUGUAGUACUACAGUUUUGUGAAUGUGGAAAAAGAGUUCUUGGUACGAGUGUCUCGUGUAGUUUGGCCUAAGGGUAAGAAUGUAAAGUAUCCAUUUAAUUGGCCCCGUUUAGCUCCUUCCAUUUGAGGAAAUGUCCGGAAAAUUGAAAUUAAAAAAGUUACAAAAAUAGGGAAAGUAAAAAAUAUCCAUAACUUUUUUUUCCCAUGUUAAAUAUUGUUUCUUGGGAAUGAUACAUUUUUAAAAUAGAUUAUGUAACAUUGUUGUUUUCUUUCGUGUUAUAUUUGAUUUAAUAUUUCUCAGCAAAUUAAAUGAACCCCGUGUUCUUUAGAUUAUGAAGUUCUUAUCCUUAUUCUUAGUCAAAUAACAACUUUUAUUUAUUUUUUUAACUGUAAAUAAUGAAAUAUCACAUGUUAAAAAUAUAAGUAUGAAGGAUAAAUUUAAGGAAUAGAAUAGUUUCCUCUGUAUUGUUCAUAUAGAAAAAAGAAUAAAUAUUUUUUGUGCAAGACACAUUGGAAAGAUUUUAUUUUUUUAUCAACAAUUGAUGUUAUUUUCUGACAUGUUAUAAUUUUAAAAAAAGUUACUUGUGUCAUAUAUAUUUGUGUUAUUUAAUGAUUAGUGAGCAUUUUUAUAACUCUAAAAGGUGACAAGAAAGUUCGACAAAGUUAUCCAGAAGUCAUUCUAAGAUUUUAGUAGUUUGAUUGCAGAUUUGUUAACUAUUUUUCAUUGUGAAAGAGAAUUUGAUGCACCUCAGGUUAAACUGUUAGAUUCAACAUGCUGCUUGAAAUAGUUGGUACAAAGAACUGUACAGAAUGUAUAGUAACAGCUUUCCAUCACUUAUAUAGAUUCUGUAGAGCUGUAACUUUGAGGUCUCUGGCAUGAAUGAUGAUAGGUGUGUAAACCCAUCCAGUCGUGUGUUAGAAUAAAAUGAAUGACUUGCAGUUA